AUGGCAUCCAAUUCGCAAGAUGCGGAAGCGCUCAUUCACUCUGACGAUCCACAUCACCCAGCAAACCACAUCUGCACGCUUUGCGCGCACUUCUACACCUUGGGAUGGGUCACAGGUACGGGAGGGGGUACAAGCAUUCGUCAUGAAGACAAGAUCUACAUCGCACCCAGUGGUGUGCAGAAAGAGCUCAUGAAGCCAACCGAUAUGUUCGUCAUGGACUUCAACAGCAAAGAAUACCUUCGAAGACCACAGGUCCUCAAGCCCUCGGCCUGCACACCCCUCUUCAUGGCCGCCUUCGAGCGUGGCGCUGGCUGCUGCAUCCACACACACUCGCAGUGGGCCGUCCUCGUCACGCUGCUCGUCGACCGCGACUUCGGCAAAGAUGCUUGCUUCGAAAUCGAGGAGAUUGAGCAGAUCAAGGGAAUACCGAAAGGGCGCGGCAAGCAAGGCAAUCUUGGGUACUACGAUAAGUUGAGAAUACCGAUUAUUGAGAACACGGCGCAUGAGGAGGAUUUGAGGGAGAGUCUGGAGGAAGCGAUGGAGAAGUAUCCGGAUUCGUAUGCGAUUCUGGUUAGGAGACAUGGGAUAUAUGUUUGGGGUGACAAUGUUCACAAGGCGAAGACGCAGUGCGAGAGUAUCGACUACAUUCUCCAGCUUGCCGUUGAGAUGCACAAGUUGGGUCUGAAGUGGACCAAGUAGAGAUUGUACACCUCGAGGUCUAACGCGGCGAUUCUUACAGGUCACCCUAAUCGUCAACAAUCAUCCUGCCUAACAACAAUGGGAGCGCAAGUUGGCAUCAGAUACCAGUUCCCGGCUGCACUGAUUCCCAAUACAGCAAUUUCUGGCGGUUCGUAUGCAUUUGUGACUCAGGC